GUGGCUGCAAACAUGGCGAACAUCAGAAGUCUCAAGGGCAUGGUGGGUCUGGUCACAGGAGGCGCUUCAGGUUUGGGCAGAGCAACAGUGGAGCGACUGAUUAAUCAUGGAGCGAGUGCUGUCAUUCUUGACCUGCCCAGCUCGGAUGGCCACAACGUAGCUGCAGCCCUUGGAGAGCGCUGUGCAUUUGCUCCUGCCGAUGUGACAUCAGAGACCGACGUACGUUCAGCUGUAGAUUUGGCUAAAGAGAAGUUUGGCAAACUGGACUUGGCGGUGAACUGUGCUGGCAUUGCUGUAGCUGUAAAGACAUACAACUUCAAAAAGGACAUCCCUCACAGUUUAGAGGACUUCAGUAGAGUCAUCACAGUGAACAUAGCAGGCAGCUUUAACGUUAUAAGACUGGCUGCUGGCAUGAUGGGUAAGAAUGAACCAGACGCCGAUGGGCACAGAGGCUGCAUUAUCAACACAGCCAGCGUCGCAGCAUUUGACGGGCAGGUGGGCCAGGCUGCAUACUCUGCUUCUAAGGGUGGCAUUGUGGGAAUGACUCUUCCUAUCGCCCGAGAUCUUGCCCCUAUGGGUAUCCGCGUUGUCACCAUUGCUCCAGGUUUGUUCUCCACACCGCUGCUGGCUGGCCUACCCGAGAAGGUGCAGAAUUUCCUGGCACGCCAGGUACCUUUCCCUUCACGCCUGGGUGACCCUGCUGAGUUUGCACACCUCGUGACCUGCAUCGCUGAGAACCCCAUGAUCAAUGGAGAGGUGAUUCGUUUGGACGGAGCUAUCCGGAUGCAGCCCUGAGAAGCAGAGGGAACCAGAUCGGGGAAAGAGAUGUCCACAUAGGCCUUGUGUGUAUGUUAAAAUAGGUCAAUCCAAUAGGGCCAUGUGCACAGUUUAAUUUCAGUGUAGCACUUGUUAAAUUAAGGUUCUGCUGCUUGGGGUUUUUAACACUGACAUUUAGUAGAUUUGCUCUACAAUUCAACUUUGUGUUGAAUUAAAUCUACUUGGGUGUUGCAUUGCAAAGUUGAGUGAAGAAAUGAGAUCAGGAAUGGCCUUUAUUCAGGUCUGGGAUGGGCAUGAUUACUGGACACUUGUGAAAAUGAAUGUGUACCUCAAUUGAUCCAAUAAAAAAUAUAAGCUGUACAUGAUUGGAAGAUAUGAAAAUGAUUUUGCAAUUGUAUAAAACUUCAGAAAACUUUCUAAAAUUGUAAAUAAAUCACAACGAUGGCA